CACUUUUUCCUUUGUUGUUAGGUGUAACAGUAACGGGAUUACGAUAUUAUUUUGUAUAACUAAAAUAUGAAUCGUCUUUCAAAAACAUCCUCACACGUGUUCAGUUACUUACGCUGUUCCCCUAGAAAAUACUUACAUUAUAUACAAGGCCAGUCUCACGAUACUAAAACAAGAGAAUACUUUUAUUUUAUAGACCAUCAGGGACAGGUGGGUCAGUUUACUCUCUGACUCAAAUUAAAAUUGUAAUUUAGUCUAUGACCGGUCUAUGUCAAGUUAGUACUGUUAUGUGGUUCUUUUUUUUUUCUUUUUUUUUUAGUCUUUAAAAUGAAUAAAUGUGGGUUUUUUUCCAUUUAAAUUUGCACUUUAAAAAGAUACAAUAAAUAAUCGUGAAACCAUAAAUUUAAAAAAAAUAUAAGUUAUAGUCUAAUUAAAAGAUUUAUUAUAAUUAUAUUUAUAUUAUUGUUAAUUAAUUAUGACUUAGUCAGCAUAUGAUUAAUACAUUAGUUAAAAUAUUAAUAUGGAAAAUGGCUUAUUAUAAAAUACCUAUGCUGAAAAUUUGAAGGCUUUAACUUUAUGGCAUUUUGAGUACGGUAUUGUCAGUAUUGAGAGCAGGCGCCACAUUUUUAAUGAACUUUACUUAGCCUCUGCCUCUGUUGUUCAAGGGACUUGCAUUUUCUUUGCCGAGAUAUGGGCAGCCUCUAAGAGGAUAGUUCAAAGACGAUUCACUGGCCCAGAAGAUUUUUAUUCCAUAUUUGUCUGGCUUGCUUGGCAUAUAUUGAUUUUAUUGAAUAAAUCUGCACGACCUCAGAAACCAACCAGUUGCCAGUUGCUCACCAACUGUGAUGUUCUCUCUGGAUUCUGGGAAAAAAUGUACCUUGCCAAAUUACUUAGGAAUGCUUUUCAUACAUCUCCUCUGGGAGCAAAGAUUCACAAGAAAUGAUUGAUCUAGUAUCCUUGUUGUCAAAGCCAAUAUGAAUCAGAAGUUUGUUGAAUCUCUUCAAUGAAAAUGCUGCCCUAAAAUGAGGAUUUCCAUCAAUAGGGCUGAAUAAUAAUUCCACUGAAAUUCUGUUGAGGUGAAGAGUGUGUAGUAGGCAGCCAAUAAAACCUUUCAUUUAGAUGGCAUCAGUCCCUUGCCAUUUGUUUUCUUUUACUUUCUCGUCUUCCCUGUUGGUGCAGUCAGCUAUUGUUUGUAUCAUUUUUCAUUAAUAUACAGAACAAAUUCUUCAAUGGGAGAAACUCCAUGAUCUGUGAAGGGAAAUGGUUACAAGGUAACUAAAUCAUGCCACGUUGUAAAAAAGAAAAUAACAUAAAGGGAGCCAUGUACCGUGAUAUAAGACUAUGGGUGUAACCCACCCAGGAGCCAGGAAUCACCAGAAACCCUUUUUCCCAUUAAAAUAAGUGUAUGGGUGUGCCACACCCAGUCACAACGGACAAGGUAUACAAUUUGUUGCUGCGGAAAGGGUUAAGUGAGUAGCACAUUGUCACAGAAAUCUUGGAACUUGUUUUGAAACAUAUACUCAACUACAUAUCUCAGUCUCAGUAAUAAAUCUGCAGUUUGAAUUUAGCUUAAGGCAAGACUACAAAAAAUAUCAAUACCGGUAGCAAUUAAUUUCAUUUGGCUAGUUAGAAUUGUAACUUGUCAACUUAACUUAGCUAAACCAUCUCCACCUAUGCUGACUACGUAAACUUCUUGACAUAAGGUGGCAGAACAAAGUUCUUGAUACAGAGGUCCUACAACAUGCUGACUCUUUAUCAGCAUCAACAUGCUGGUACAAAAAGGACAAGCCAGAUGGGCAGAAAAAUGCCAGACAGCAGACUUCCUAAAAAAACUAAUGUUCUGUGAACUCUCCAGAGGGAAACACUCAGCUGUUGGGCAUAAAAAAGGCUUCAAGAACUGUCUUAAAACUUCACUCAAAUCCAUAGACAUUGAAAUUGUCCAGUGGUCAAUAUUUGCUAUGAAUCGUACAAGCUAGUAUGGCAGACUCAUUGUUGGAGCACAAUACUCAGAUAAUAAGCGCACCGCUUAUGUCCAAAGACUGAGCAGGGCGAGAAAAAGCAUCGAUGAGCGGGAAAGUUUUCCAGGCCCAAAUAGGACUGGCAGGCCACUUGCUUACCAUACUCACUGUUGAAUAUAACCUUAGUCAUCUUUGCAUGCAAAAGACAAACAGCAAUAAGAUGGCAUUUGUUCCACAGAAAUGAAUCGCAAGAUAGGUCACUAAUUUUUUCUAUACAAAAAGAUUAAAAUAGAAAAAUUAGUUUGCCUGUUUAAAAUUGAAAUAUGGAGUUGCUGACGGCCAUUUCCAAUCAAUAAGUUUCUCUUCUUUGCCACUUUUCUGUUAAAGUAGGUAAUACAUUCUAUAAGGCUAAUAAAAUCUUAUGAAAAAAUUUAAAAGGGAUUUCUACAACCCAUAUUGGUUAACAAGACUAAUAGUGACGUUUGAUGUAUAAAUAUGCAAAAAAUUUAAAGGCUGAACUGAAUAGAUUACCAGUAUGACUCAUGACCGAAGUGGCAUGUGAUUGAUAUGUCAAAUAUUUCUAAGGAUUCAUUUAAAAAAUAUUUACAGAGAAUGUAAUUUUUUGAAUUCAUGUGUUGUGUAGUUUGUAAUUUAAAAUUAUUGAUUUUUCUUUUCUUUUUUUAUUUUAAAAUUCUCAUUGCCAAGCUGUUUCUUGAUGAUGCCAGGAUGAAAAAUUUCACCUCCUGUUUUAAAGGUAAUAUAUAUUUGUGAAUACCUUGAAAUGGGGUGACUUUGCCUCAAGGGAAGAUUUGACUUUUUAAAAUGAAAUGCUUAUAUUUAUAUUGAUAAAGUUGUUUUUCAUGAUUUUCAAGAGUUCUUUCCCCUAAAUGUUUAACUGUUAAUGAAAGCAAACAUGUUGCUUUAUGUAGAGUUUUCGCCAUCCUUACCUUGCCAAACCAUGAGUUUGGACUGUUGGAGCUCUCAGAUUCUGGACAUGAUAUCUUGCUGAUUUAGGUGAGUUUAAAGUUUCAUUUUAAAGUUAUAAUUUAUUUCCCUAAGCAUUCAAUUUUUAUAAAUUUCAAAGAUAAAGGAGUUGAUUAUGUUGAUUAAGUUUAAGUUAAAAAUAUAUUUAUUGCUUUUCUUUCACAGCAUUCAGCAUGGGGCAAAAGUCACCCUAUGAAGUGAGACAUUGAUUUUUAUUGAUUUCUCUCUUUGUUUUUUCUUUUUCCAGAUCAUCUUGCCAUGACUUCACCAGAGAAUGCUUAUGAACUGAAGCUAAAGAGACUAUUCUGAAGACACUAAGUGUACUUAUAAAGAUGAAUUGUAAAAGAACAUCUACUGCUGCUACAGAAGGCAUCUAAAAGUGAAAGACACCAUUGACUUGAGAACUCUUGGAACUUGUUAAAUGUUACUUUAGAGACAAGAAUACACCUGGUGGGCAAUCUCUGUCAAGAGGAUUAAAGGAAAUUUAGUAAAGCGCCUAAAAAUAGUAUCAGAUUUAGGAAUGCCUCCACUAGAAAAAAACUGAUAUAAGCCUACAUUUUUUAAUAUGGACCAGUCUUGACCAAAGUGAUGUCGCGGUGAAAUGGUUCAAGGAUAAAACACCUCGAGAUUUUGUAAAAUGAUUUCAAGACAUUGUUUGCCAAAUAAAAUGAUAAAAGAUCAGCUGAGAUAAUUGGAAAGGUUUUACAGUGAAAGAAAGUCUACCAUGAAAACUUAAAGCUAUCAUUAGAUGGUGUAAAUGCCGAAAAUGAUGUAAAAGGUUUGUAUUGAAAGAAAAGACCACAAAGAAUCAUAUUUGAUGUGAACUGGUCAUCUUAUUUUCCAUCACCUGGCCCACCUUUCAUUACAAUGUUCAAUAAAUAUUAUUAUCAAACAGUGUAUAUUGAAAAAAGAAAAUGACUUAUUUAAUUUGUUUGUAUUUAUAAUUUCUACAUGUAUUGUUCUGUCUUUUAUUUUAAAUGGACAAAAUCACCCCAUUUUUCCUGUGGUUUAAAAAUCUCAAAAAACCUUAUUAAUCAGCUUAACCUGAUAAAGCUAUGACUUCAUUCACCUAUCACAACAAAAUGCAGGUACUCAGUCUGUAAAUUAGCACCUUUGUGUGAGUUUUUAGAUCAGUUAACAUGUUUAAAUUUAUUCACAAAGGCAAAAUGUAGGCAAAGACAUCAAGUUCUUCAUUAUUGGUCAUGCUGUUAUAUAUCCAAAGAAGUCAGUCACAGAGGGGCAGUUGCAAUGUUGCUGGCCUCUCUGUUCAAAUCUUGUUCAGAUCACCCCCAGCUGAAACUGAAAUAGGGGGUUGAACGAUGAAUGGACUUGUUGUUCAUGUCAGGCAACUAUCUUGGGAGAAGAGAAUUUCUGAGUUAAAAAAAACUCCACUGUAAGCUGAUCAGGACAGAAAUAGCUUGCUGAUUUUAGAAGAACUGUGGCAAGCUGGCUCAUAACACAGUACUGUGCAAAAUUGCUGCAACCUUACCAGCUAAGUUGUGGCUGCCAGAGUAAAUCCAUAAUGACAACAACAAAAAUGAAGAGGUUGAUCAUAUUAUGAUAUAAUGUGAUUAUAUCUAUAGUCUUUGAUCAUACUAUGAUGUAAUGUGAUUAUAUCUAUAGAGUCUUUGACUUUGAUCAUGUUAUACUUACUUACUUACAUAUGCCUUUUUACGCCAUCUGGGGCAUAUGCCAUCUACAAGAAUUUUCCAUUCAUCAUGGUCCUGUGCUUUCCUUUCCAGUUGCUUCCAGGUGUAUCCCGUACUUUGCGUGUCUGCCUCUAGCCCGCGUCUCCAUGUAUUCUUAGGCCUUCCUCUCUUUCUUUUUCCCUGUGGAUUCCAUGUUAGGGACCGUCUGAUGAUGCUAUCUGGGGGGUUUCAGAAAGUGUGCCCUAUCCACCUCCAUCUUUUCCUUAUGAUGUCUUUAUCAAUGGGAAGCUUGUAUGUUCUUUCCAGUAGAUCUUUGGUCAAUUCAAGAACAAUGAUCAUAAAUCUAUAGAGUCCUUGAUCAAUUGCCUUGACACAAUAUGUUCAGUGUUAUAAAUUCUAUCCUAUGUAAAAUGGAACUGCACUGAUAGCAUGUUUUUUUGCAACUUUAGCUGAACUGCACUGUUCAUAAAAUGAACAAUUUGCCUUGUUCAUAAUUAAUUAACUGUAUGCUUAUGAUCUGUCUGUGAGUAAUAGGCAUAUAGUGCAUGUCCUCUUGUGAUCUCUUCAUAUCUCUACUGUUGGUUAAAAAUUGUUCAGGUUUAAACAUCUGUUAUAUGAAUAAGUCCUACAUGAUGAAAGGUUAGUUGUUAAGCCAUUGACUGUAUGGCAUCAAUUAUUUGUUAAUACCAUUAUAUUAUCAAGUUGAUUUCUAUAAUCUAUAUAUCUUUUUUUAAUUUAAUCUUGUCAUAUUUAAUUUUAAAAAUCAUUUUAUUUUCAUAUUUAUAUUAUUUAUUAUUUCUUGACUUCACAGAAAAGGAUUUUCUUGUGUUCUUUUUUAAAAGGCUGAAGAGAAACACAUCAGGAAAAUACAUGGAUGAGUUCCCUUAUCUAUCGCCUUGUGGCAGAGAGCUCAAUUUUGUCCGCUGUGAUGACACCCCAAUAGUAUAUACUCAUAUUUUAGAUAGCUCAAGCUCUGAGCCGGGUCUCCUUUCAUACAAUGGCGCAGGAGAUCGUCUAACUGUGAACUUUGAACCAGAAAACAUAUGCAUGCUCCCAGAAACUGGACGUGUGUACCACCCGGCAUCAGAGCAGUAUGGGGGCAUAGGACUCAUUAAAUCUUCAUUGGCUAUUGAACUCAGUAAGCAUUUUGAGUUCUUAUCAGGGGGGGAAACAGAACCUCCAUCACAUUUGACGUGGAGAGACUGCCGCUAUGAGCUGACCAACAUUUUAUUUGAUGUGGUGAAGAAUCGACCACAAUGAACUUUGGCCAUGAAACAUGUUUGUGAAGAAUCGACAACAAUGAUCUUUUGGCAUGAAACAUUAUGUUUGUGAAGUAUCUUCUACAAUGAUCUUUGGUCAUGUGAACAUUAUAUGUGUGAAGAAUCUACUACAAUGAAUUUUGGUCAUGAAACAUUUUUUAUUUUUAAUGUUUGUUGUAUCCAGUCUUUCAUUUGUUUAUUCAUUUGUAUGAGUUAAAUUAAAAACUUAAACUCAAUUUAUUAUAAUAAUUUCAAUUUAUAAAUUCUCAAUGUUUGGGUUUACAUCAAAACUGACAAGUAAGGGCAUGGCUUGUUCUUAGUGGAAAGAUGUGGUGAAGCAAACCAGAGCCCUCUGCGGGCUAUAAUGCCAUUGAUGAUGAUGAUUUUAUUGACUUAUUAGCCCGGGGCAUACAGCAAUCGAUCCAGCAAUUAUUCAUUCAUUAGGCCCUCAGGCUAUCAGAUAUUGAAUAUAUUUAAUUCUUUUUAUUUGUGAUAAACUGAUAAUAAAUUUCACGAUACAUAAAAAAAAACUGGGUUUUUUUCCUCCCCUCUUCGUCUUAAUUUAUAUGCAUCUGUGAGCACACACACAGACAGACAAAAUGUGGCACAUUUACACUUUGGUCUCUGAUGACUUUUUCAUGCAUGCUCUAAUAAUACACAAUUUUUCUACAUUCAUUUCAAAAAAAUUAAUUCUUUGAUGGAUUAAAAUAUCUGUCCACACUGAACUGUGUAUCAUAUUUUAUCACAAGACGUAGGAAAGUAGUACAGAAGAUUUCAAAUUUAUUGCAUUAAUAAUGUAUAAUUGUGCGAUUCAAUAAGCAUAUUGUGCAUGUCUGCUUGUCUAAUAUGUAUAAUCUUACUAUAAUCAACAUAAUCUUUUAUGCUUCAUUUUGUUUGGUUAGCCACUUGAUUUCAGACAGAUUUAUGCUUACUUGAAGGUUUUAAUCAAAGAAAUCAGUUUACACUUUGACUCUAACGGACACACUAACACUAAAUCAACUCAACUAAGCUUGAAGUUUUCAUUUAUUUUAUUAAAACAUAUCAUUACACACAAUUGCACAGAUGUGUUUAUCAUUCAUUAGCA